UGGUUGCAAUCCUACAGCAACCUGUUGGCCGAGAUCGGAAAGAAGCCGGUGCUACAGAAAGAGUGCGAGGCCUACCGUUUUGGGGCGGGGAAGGUCUACUACUCUUCCUUCUAUGUCAUCGUGACGUUCAGGCUGGGGAGCUUCAAUGUCCAACUGCGUACAUCGAUCAUCACCGGAGACAUCCCGCUGCUGUUAAGUAAAACAGUACUCGGAAAGUUGGGGAUGAUAUACGAUGUUCAGAAUGGCAAGGCCGACUUCAAGGCGAUCAACCUCAGCGACUACAAGCUUACCACCACCUCGUCAGGCCACCCGGCUAUCCCGAUCGUGCCAGUCAGUGUGUCAUCUGACGAAACGUCAGACUUACAGAUCGAGGACCUCCGACUGCAGACCGCUGAGCAAUACAUGUCCGUUCUUGCUGUAGCUCAUCAUGGCCCACAUACCCCCAAGUAUUCUGGAAUCUUCUACGAGAAGAAAUUGGACCCGAGCACCCGCGACAUGUUGAGUCAAGAUCGUUUGCAACAGGAUAUCUUUGUCAACUGGUGGGAGAACGCGGGCAUGGACUCCAGGCGAUGCCAGAGCACGACGACACCGCUAAGCCGCAUGACGAAGGCCCAGCUGUUGUCCGAGGCGGUUCGUGUGGGAGCCGCAGUACAUCACUCUUGGACGGUGCCAGAGCUCAGGGCGACGAUCCGCGACCACGUCGACACCUACCAGGAGAAGACCGCCUCACAGAAGAUGAGGGGGAUGAGCUCGAUGAAGAUCGAGGACCUCCGGAAGAAGGCGAAGGAGAUGGGCGUGGACGUGCCGGACAAGGUCACAAAGGGGAACCUACUGAGGUUGGUCAGGACCUCAGUGAGCACCACCGGGGACAUGGUGAUGACGAUCGGAAGGUGGAAGGGAUCCCUGUUCCGAGACAUCCCGAACAGCUACGGGAAGUGGGCUUUGGAGGAGAUCACGCGAGCGGAAGGGAACUGUUCACCGGAGCUCGCAAUGUACGCCAAGUGGUGGCAGAACCAGCAGCUCGCGUUGAGCACGACGGCCGAGAUCAUGGACGAGGAGAGCGACCAGGACUACCCCGCGAACACCCACCCUACAUCGACGCCGUCAAGGGGCUCCUGGGAGGAAGUGAGCGUGACCAAGACGAAGGGCUACUCAGGGUCCACCGGGAAAGGGAACACCAAGGCCACGCCGAAGCGCGACAACCAGGUUCUCCACGAGAAGGACGAGAAGAUCAUGGACUCACAGCCCGACCCGAGCACCCUCGCAGAGAUCCAAGCCCUCGAGACGAAGCUCGCCAUCCUGAAGGACAAGGCCAGGAGCUCACGCCAGUGA